AUAUAAAUAAAUAAGAAAAAAAAAUGUUAACUCAAAAAAAAAAUGUUAUUAGAAAGGAUAUACUUUGAAAUACAAUUACUACAUAUCUCUUCGUGCUUGCACACCGAUUUCAAUCAUUCCCGCAAAAAUGGAGAAACCUCAAUCGGAAAACCUCAUUUUAGUUACCCGAGAUACCACAACCGGAAUAGCCCAUAUAACAAUCAAUCGACCCAAAUCCUUAAACUCAUUAACCAGAUCAAUGAUGGCAUCAUUAGCCCAAGCUUUCAAAUCUCUUGAUGCUGAUGAUUCUGUUAAAGUUAUCAUCUUGUCGGGUUCGGGUCGGUCUUUCUGCUCCGGAGUUGAUUUGACGGCUGCAGAGGACGUUUUCAAAGGUGAUGUUAAAGAUGAAGAAACGGAUCCUGUUGUUCAGAUGGAGCGGUGUAAGAAACCCAUAAUUGGGGCUAUUUCUGGGUUUGCUGUUACUGCAGGAUUUGAGAUUGCUCUUAAUUGUGACAUAAUUGUUGCUGCUAAAGGCGCCAAAUUUAUCGAUACUCAUGCUAGAUUUGGGAUAUUUCCCUCAUGGGGGCUCUCGCAGAAGCUUUCUCGCAUUAUUGGGCCUUAUAAAGCACGUGAAGUUUCAUUGACUGCCACACCUUUGACUGCAGAGCAGGCUGAAAAAUUGGGAUUUGUUAAUUACAUAGUCGAAGCCAAUGAACUGAUGGUAAAAGCUCAGGAAAUUGCCAAAUCCAUUGCUAAGAACAACCAAGACCUUGUUUUGAAAUACAAAUCUGUCAUAAAUGAUGGUCUGAAGCUCAACUUGGGUGAUGCACUUGCUCUCGAAAAGGCGAGGGCUCAUAAAUAUUAUGCUGGAAUGACAAAAGAGCAGUUUAAGAAAAUGCAGGAGUUCAUAGCUGGGCGGAGUUCAAGACAGUCCAAGUUGUAAUUGUAUAUAUAAACUGUUUCCUUUCUCAAUGUUGUAUACCAAGUGUUGAAGGAUCUGUCAUCUUUGCAUUUGGUGUUUUCUUUUACUUGAAUAAGUUCAUCGGACAGCGGCUAUCAAUCACGCCCUUUGCAGACACAUGUACACAGGAGACAUCGGUAUUGGGUACAAAGUUCAUGGUUUUUGAUGGUAUGUUUGAUGUACGGAUAUGGUUUAUCCUACAAACUAAGGGGUGAAUCUUGCUCGUUGGAUCGGGUAUAUGAAAGCUUUGGACAAGUCACUCUAAUAUGUUACGUUAUUUUCAGUGUAGUUGGAAGUUUGUUCAGUUGAAUAGAAGGAAGUAAACAUAUGUGCGUAUGUGCAUGGCCGCGAAAAUAGACAUGCGCUUAGUAUUAUCGAAUUCAAGUAAUUGUUAAUUUUUUUGUUGAAUAACAAGAAGUAGAGAUAAAUUGUUAGAAAUACAGAGAAAUGGAACUUUAUAAUUCAAAGGAUUGAUGCAAUGUAUAACUGUUUCUGAAAGAGAUAUAGUACUCAUGAAUUCCAAGAUUGA